AUGAAUAGCAUUCUGGGAGAUCUUCUCCCCGAUGAUGUGGUCUUCGCUGAAGACCUGCUAGAGCUUGGGCAAGUUUUCCAUAUUCAACGUGAUAUCCCGGCCUUAGGGACUAACAGUCGAUUGAAUGACACAGGUUUGUCAUCACCGACGAUGACAGGAUCCGACCAGGGCCCACGCUUCAAGAUCAACCGGAGUGCGCGCAUCAACAAGGCUCACAUUGAGGCCUUGCAUAGCUGUGAUCUCGAUGAAUCAUCUGGCGCUAACAACUUCACAGAGGCGAUCCAUACCAUCGUCAUUGACCGGCUCCUGGGAAUGGGCAUGCAUUUUAUGAAGAUCCCCAAGGGCAGCAAUCGCCAGGUACCCAUCCUCGUGUCAGGCAACGUCGAUACUGCGCCUCGAGUCGUUGUCUUCUGUGGCGAGAUCAUCGAAGACCUGGGUGUUUUCUCGUACCGUGACAUUUGCGACGACGGCGUUUCUUUCGGUUCGAUCCUUGGCUUUGCAAAGGCUCUGCUUGGUGAAAAUGCUCAAGAUUCACCCAAUGCUCUCAUCCUUGCGAACGCCGGGCACAAGAUCUGGUACAAUUCUGGUUGGUACGCGGUGACCGAAGACAGUUAUCAUGGUCAUCACUGCACCUCUGCUGUGGAGCGCGAACGUCAACUGAGCCCUCGUAACAUGCUCGACAAAAGUGGCAUCGUUGAGCACGUCCGGAACAUCUUCGAAGGAAUUUUGAUUCGCAACAACUUCCAAGUCGAUGCCAGAAUCGACGUCAUUGGUCUGUCUGAAGGCGGCCAUGCUGCCAUUACAUACCUGAAGAGUCAAUGGAGUUUCUGGUCGCCCAAUAUCUCCUCCCUGUCCCUCAUCAACCCUGAGACUAUUGCUAAGGCCGAGACCAAUAUUGAUGAUCUGAAGGAUCCACAGUCUUUCUCCUGGUUCAUGAAGUACCGCUGCCGUGGCUGGACCGUUUGUGAUAAGCCGAUUGGCGUACGUCUGCCCGAUCUUAACCUCCUUCAUGGUGGUUGCAACACGUACUCGUCCGGUGAAAGCACCAAGUCGUCAUGCAUGAUCACCCGUGGUAUGGCACACAUCUUGACGUGGAUGAAUAUCAUGCAUCAAUGCCCAGCGGCGAUGGAGAAGUUUGAUGUGGUGCCUGGCAAGACCGGUUCUGACAACGAAGUUGUUCCCGCAUCACUGAGCAACGACAUCGAGCCCACUGGCGGCAAGGUUGAAGUGCACACCCUAGAGACCCUGAACGAUAUGAAAGGCUUCCUGACCGGCCUCAUACUCACCGAUAAGAUGGUCACCUUUUUCAAAGACAAAUACACCGAUGAGAUGGCUCGCUUUUCAAACGACAAGUUUAACCACGCCGACAGUGAUGGCACUUACGGCGACAGUGAGAGUUCGGAAGGUGACAGAGUUGAGAAGGGUGACGAAUAUGACAACCUUCCUAAUCUUGCCCCUGGUCCUCCUGACCUGUUUUCUCCGGCGGUUCCUUCCUCGCUUCGUGACGCUCUUCCUGGCCUUAUCACUGCCAGGGUUCCUGGCGCUCUUCCUGUCACGCCUCCUGAUGCUCCAGCUCCGGAAGAUGCGUGCUAUGACGAUGUCAGCAGAGGCCGGACUGGCCCUUUCGAUCUUAGUGAUACGCAGGAUAUCCGAGAAGAGGUCGAAGAGCAUUAA